ACUACUCUUAGAUCAUUAUCGUCACUACUUUUCAUUCAAAGCUUCCAUUUUAUUGCCUUUUUAACAAAAAUCAUUUAUGGGUUCACACGUUCCUUCCAACCUUUCAAUUUCGUUAUCAUCACUCAUAAAUUAUAAAGGGUUUGGUUUCAUUUCUUUCUGUGAGAAUAAAAAUCUUUGCUUUUCAGUUUUUUUACACCCCUGUCAAUUUGAAGGCUCAGGGUUUGGUUUUGGGUUUGUUAGUUUUGGUUUUCAAGCCUUAUUGGUGGUUGGUUUGUGUGAUGAAUUUGUGUAACAAAUGUUGUUGGAGGGUUUGAUGGUGGCAUAGUCAUGAUUUUCUGUUGCUUUGGUGGUUUGAAUUGGUGUAAAGGGAAGGGUGAACCUGCUGAGCAGAUACUUGAACAAGUGGGGGAAACUAAAAGCUUUAGCUAUAGCUCAUUGAGAUCUGCUACGGGAGAUUUUCAUUCUUCAUGCAAAAUUGGUGGAGGAGGUUAUGGAGUUGUCUACAAGGGUGUUUUAAGGGACGGCACUCAAGUUGCUAUCAAGUCUCUUUCUGUAGAGUCUAAACAAGGAACUCGUGAAUUCAUGACAGAAAUUGAGAUGAUAUCAAAUAUACAACAUCCAAAUCUUGUUAAGCUGAUCGGCUUCUGUAUUGAGGGUAAUCAUCGAAUAUUGGUGUACGAGUUUCUCGAGAACAAUAGCCUCGCGAGUGCUUUGUUAGGUUCAAAAAGUAAAUGUGUUCCUCUGGAUUGGCGAAAGAGGGCUGCUAUUUGCUGCGGUACAGCUUCGGGUCUAACCUUUCUUCACGAAGAGACUCAGCCAAAUAUUGUUCAUAGAGAUAUCAAAGCAAGCAACAUAUUGCUGGACGAGAACUUCAAUCCGAAAAUCGGUGAUUUUGGUCUUGCAAAACUUUUUCCUGACAAUGUCACCCAUGUUAGUACUCGAGUUGCAGGAACAAUGGGAUAUCUUGCACCAGAAUACGCACUUCUAAGACAGCUUACAAAGAAGGCAGAUGUAUACAGUUUUGGGAUUCUGAUGCUUGAAAUAAUCAGUGGUAAAAGUAGUAGCAAAGCUGCAUUUGGAGACAAUAUUUUGGUUCUGGUGGAAUGGGCUUGGAAGCUGAAAGAAGAAAACCGGCUUCUAGAACUUGUUGAUUCAGAACUAACCGAUUACGAAGAGAACGAGGUGUAUAGGUUCCUUGUGGUUGCUCUCUUCUGCACCCAAUCAUCAGCUACACAUAGACCAACCAUGAAACAAGUACUACAAAUGCUCUCCAAACAAGUUCAUCUUAAUGAGAAGGCAUUAACUGAGCCUGGAAUAUACAGAUGGGAUACCUCGGGAAAGACGAGCAGCUAUUUGAACGAGACGUCAUCGUCGUCUCAAGUAAUCAAGUACAAAAAAUCCGAAAAUCAACACCGAACAUCGACACAAUUUAGCGGUACAGAUAUUGUGACAGAGAUGUUUCCUAGAUGAUGGUUAGGUGCAAAUGAUGUGUUUAUUGUUUUAGUUGUUAGGAUCCAUGUGUUUCCAAAGGGGAUCAUGGAAAGAAAUGCUUGUGUAUAUGCACUUUGCUAAUUAUUUCUUUCUUUCUGUUGGAUACUACAUUAAAUAAAUGUUUCUACCUUUAAUUU